ACUCGUAUUUGACUGUACAGCAGUAUGUGCCUACCUCAUGUGCCGAUGAUCGGCGAUUUGCUUGGAUACAAUAGGUACGCGAGGGUCAAUGGUUCGGAGAAAGUCUCGCCAAAGAUUAAAUCAUGCGAACCUGUACACGGGCGUGCGCUCUUGGCUACGGAAGCUUGUUUGCAAAAAUUACCUGUAGGGAUACGUAAGGUGCUAAUUUGAGAAGGCUACUUCUCCCGUCGUUCUCAUCACUCCGUCCUUCUGGAAUUUUGGGUCCACCCAGCUUUCCUACACCUGACCCAGUGUCCGCCUGAGAUCGUCCUGGGCAAGCAGACCCUUUAUCGAGUGCCCAGGAUGGCAGACACGCGACAAGACUGGCCCGAUCGCAGACACGAGAUCUUGGGAUCCACCAUCAGCAUCGGAGUCUUAAGCACAUUGGUGCUGAUAUGGAGAGUCGUAUAUGCGAUAAAGAACAAACGAAAGUUGUUGUUUUGUGACUAUCUUCUGAUUUUAGCGGGAAUGAUGAAUGUGGCGACGAUGGGGCUUCGCUUCAGGACCACCGGUCACGCCCAGGGCCGGCACAUUGCUGACCCGUCCAUCAAGAAACCAGACGACAUUAUAGCAUAUAGCUACUAUGUAUGGGUUGGACAGAUCAUCAACCUGAUGGCAGUCGCUGUCCUGAAAUGGUCGAUCUGCGCAUACCUGCUUGCCCUGAAGUUCUCCAAGGUCUACACGCUCAUCGUCUGGGCAUCGAUUCUGUUGGUCACUGUCUUCAACUUCACAAUACCGUGUAUCGGUUUACUAAAUUGCGUGCCUUUGGAAGCUAAUUGGAACCGCGCGGUAAAAGGGCAUUGCUGGUACAAAGGCCAUUCAGUUUUGACAUAUGCGCAAGGAGUCACCAAUAUCGUCACGGAUAUCGUGUAUGUUGUGGCGCCCAUCGUAUAUCUCUCAACCAUCCAGCUUGCAAAGCGGACACAAUGGAGUCUGAGGAUUGUGUUCAUGCUGGGUUUAGUCGCCACGGUGUGUUCGAUCUUCAAAACCAUUGAGCUGAGUGCACUCAAGAAAACAAAAGAUCCAACUUGGGAUGGUGUCAACUUGACGAUUUGGGCUGCGACAGAGCUCUCAGUGGGAAUCUUGAUCGCAAGUUUGCCGCCUCUGCGCAAGGUCUUCGACAAAUUGUUCCGCCAAAUCGUGCCGUCAACCUUCCUAACGAAAUCGAGGACACCGGGAAGCAUACCAUUGUACAAUGUCAGCAAACCUUACAGCAAACCGAUGGGUCGCUCAGCUGCGGAAGAUGACGCCGACAGCGAGAAAGACAUGCUUCCUGCAAAUGUUACCAGUAGUGGAAUUACCAAGACGGUAGUGCACGAAGUAACGAGCGCAGAGAGGAACAGUGCUGUGCGAGCGCCUGACAGGACUUACGGUACGUAUGGAAAAAUGAACGGGUAACCUCUUGUGUCCCUUUAUCCUACUGGAAACAACACAACGUUUCGCGGACCUACGUGCCUGGACAGUCGUAGCCUACCUCAAAUUCGAGCACAUUUGUGUUUUUUCUUUAAUUGGUCCCGUGCUGUGUCUCCAAUUGCUCGAACACCCAGUAUUCUCGAAUUGAAGGAAGAACGUAAUGUGUUGUGUGCGAGUUGUCCACUUCUGA